GAAUAUUCUUCAUUUCACAAUUACUAUUCUUAGUAAAUUAUAUAUACACCUCUUUCUUGUAUAAAUUCCUCUCCAUCUCCCAACUCCUGUCCUCAAGUUUCUCUCGCUUCUCGCCCUGCUCUUCGCAGGGCACAGCAGCAACAACAACAAGAACAAUUCAUAGAUCAGAGCAAGGGACCUCCGACUCUCUCUAUCUCUUCCUUUGAAUGGAGGAUUCAUCACCCGCCGUCAUCAUCCCUGCAGCCAAUUUGAACGACAACAAAAAUCAGGCCAAUAAGAAUAAUAAUGGCAAGCCAAAGAAGAAAAGCAGGCGCGUGAUGAAUUUUCUCCGCAUAGCAUUAUAUAUGCUGCGAAGGAAAUCUGGGGCGAAGCCAACACGCAAUGUGGGAUUGUGGAAGAAACUGUUGGGGUCAAUGCGUCCAUUGCAUCUCCAGAGCAAUGACCAAUCACCACCACCGCCACUACCAUCCACGGCUCUCGAAAUUAUGCCACCACCGCUGGAUGUAGUGGUUGAGCAUAUUGAGGAGGCGUUCACACCACCGUUGUCGCCUGCUAUUCCUAGCUCGAGCAGUUCGGUAGAUGGUGGCAUGAGCCAAUAUGCGUCUGCGGUUAACCUUCAAGAGCUCGAUCGAUGUGACGAGGAUGAUGAGGGCGAGGAUGACGAGGAGGAAGUGUACGCUGAUGGUCUUGGCGAUGCAAUGAUUGAUGAGAAAGCUGAAGAGUUUAUUGCCCAUUUUUAUGAAGUAAUGAGGCUUCAGAACAUGGAAUGUACUAACCGGACUAAUUGGUCAUUACGUUGAGGAGGGUCAAUUUGCAUGGCUCAUGCAAUGCUCACGUUGUCUGAUUUAUGUGUUCUUUCUUCUGGGUUUCUUUUACUUUUUUAUUUCUUGGUGAUUUUGUGGAAAAUAAAGGAAUCAAGAGUUGGAUUGGGCAGAGCAGGGAGUAGGGGGUAAUUGUAAUGAUGGGUUGGUGUUUGUUAAUUUCGCCAAUUUGUAAGGGUCUUUCUUUUUUUUCCAUUUUUCCUUUUAUUUUUUGUCUUUAACUGUUUGAUCAACAAUUGUGUUUCUGUACGUUUAGGUUUCAAUGUCAAUGAAGGAGAAAUUGUUGGAGUUAAUUAGUCUAAUUUUCCAGAUUGGGG